CCAAAACACAUGUAAGUGGAUUUGAAAUCAAAGCAUUCAAACUACACACCUAUAAACCUGCAAAAGGUGAAAGCUGCCAAACCCGAAGAGAAUCGCAACCUUUCAUCCAUCCAGUAACGUCGCUAGAGGACGUUCGCAACUGUCACGUGUCGCUCAGUUUUCGAUUCCUACGAGAUAGUCGAACAGUCACAAUGGCAAAGGUCUUCUUGACUGGUGCAACAGGCUUCGUUGGUGGUGACUUUCUUCAUCGUUUUGCUUCGUCUGCUGCGUCAAAGUACGCCAUUUCCGCCCUGGUCCGGAACGCAGAUAAGGCCCAACAAAUUUCGAGUCAAUAUCCCAGCGUCAAGGUUGUUCAAGGAGAUCUUGAUGAUAGCCAGCUGGUCGAAAAGGAGGCCCGCAAUGCGGACAUUGUCCUCCACCUAGCCUCCACGAAGCACAUUGCCAGCUCCAAGGCCAUCCAAAGGGGCUUGACAGAUCCUGCACGGAGUAAGCCAGGUUACUGGAUUCAGAUUUCGGGUGCCACUCUGCUCGCCAUCGACGAGAUCAAGAAUGCUAGGUUUGGAUUUGAGUCUGACAAGGUAUACGACGAUAUCAGAGAUAUUAAAGAGAUAUUAUCUACUAUCAAGAACAAUCCGUCUCGAGAUGUCGACAAUCUCGUUGCCGGGCAAGAUUCGUCCAAGGUCAAGACGGCCCUCAUUGUUGGACCCCAUAUCUAUGGAAAAGGGCGAGGGCCGGGCAAUCAGCGAUCUGUUCAAGCGCCCGAAAUUGCGCGCGUCACACUGCAAUUGAAAGAAGGGUUCCGUCUGAAUGAAGGAAAGAACAGCUGGAGCUAUAUCCAUGUACAUGAUCUUUCCGAUCUUUUCGCUUCCCUUGUUGACGCUGCGGCGGAGACUAAACCCGGCCUGUGGAAUGAUGAGGGAAUUUACACUCCAGAAAACGGAAGUUUGACGUUUGGUGAACUUUCUGAAAAGAUCGCGGCUGAAGCCAAGAAGCAAGAUCUCAUCCCUGAAGGUUCAGUCAAGAAGGUACUUGACGCACAAGGGGUCGACGCGCUCUCGGGGCAUGCCUCCAUUCUAUGGGGCACUAACGCGGUUCUUGGGUCGUCUCGUGCAAGGUCAUUGCUUCAUUGGAAACCGUCACGGCCUUCUCUGGAGGAAACUUUGCCCGAGAUUGUGCGUAUUGAAGGACAAAAACAAAGCAACAGGUUGUAGAUAUUUAGAGAUAGUCCAUGAAUCAAUUUCCGAACUGAAAGUGCU